AUGUCUGUCUUGGACACUACGACACAUGCGUCCAGUAGCUUGCAGGGCUUCUAUGGGUGGACAGAUACAUUGAAGGGGGUAUACUACGGACCGGGUUCCGUCUCCACCGCGCUCCCCAAGUUGCUUGAGACCCUAGGAGGGAAACGGGCGUUGGUUGUGACCGGGAAAAGCCUCAGAGAGAAGACGGACGUCAUCAGCAAGAUCGAAAACAUUCUGAAGGAACGGAACGCCUAUGGCGCUACGUUCUCCGAUAUUGGACAGCAUGCACCGAUCUCGGGCAUUCGUGGCGGCAUCAAGGCAUUCAAGGAAGCUGAUGCAGAUAUCAUCGUCUCCGUCGGUGGUGGAUCCCCUGUCGAUGCGUCGAAGGCGAUCAUCUACAUGCUCCAGGAAGAGCGCGGUGGAAACUACGCACGUCAGAUAGCCAUACCCACCACGCUGAGCGCGGCGGAGUAUACUGUCGGAGCUGGCUUCACGAACGACGAAGGCGUAAAGACGGCUGUGAGCUCGCCGGAACUCGCACCCGCUGGGAUUGUCUUGGAUGCCGAGCUUACUUUAGCUACUCCAGAGCGCCUAUGGCUCUCUACGGGACUUAGAGCUCUUGACCAUGCCGUUGAAAACUUAUAUCGUCCUCUGGUCCCCCCUCCGAUCAAGUACCUUUGCUAUGCUGCCCUCACCGACCUCUUCAAGUAUCUUCCUCUGUCCAAGGCCGACCCAGGCUCAGUGGAGAUCCGGCAGAAGCUCCAAUUGGCUUCGUGGAUGAGCUUGUGGCCGCUGAAGUUGGAGAAGUAUAGUGCGUUGGGCUUGUCACAUGCUCUUGGUCAUAAGCUGGGCGCUGCGUACGGUAUCCCACACGGCAUCACCUCUUGCCUCACCCUCGCGCCGGUCGUUGCACUCAAGGCUGAGACCGCGUCGCAAGAGGACAAGGAGUGGUUAGCGAACACUCUGUUCUAUCUGCGUGAACCCACCACCGGGUCCAUUGACGGCGACAUACGCAGGCUUUCAGUACUGAUCAGAACGCUGGUGAAUGAUCUCGGCUUACAGUCGGACUUGGCGUACUACAAGGUACCAACAAUUGAUGUUCCCGGCAUUGCCGAGAAAGCGAUGGGAGGUAAAGACGAUCCUUCUUAUCCGAAGGUUGUCGAUCUCUUGCGGUCUUUGUAUCCGUAA